UACUGAUCUAAUUGUCGCUGACCGCUACAAAUUGCUUCAUUUGGCCUCUUUUUCUCCAUCCGUAUCUGAGGAUGACAUUAAAAAUUAUGUAGCUAAACAAAUUGAUUUAGACAGAACUCUAAUCUCAUGCUCUAAACUAAUUAAAAAAGAUGUCUCAGCUCAAUCCCUGAAUAGGAUUAAUUUUAAAUUAGGAGUCCCUGAGUCCUUAUGAGAACCAAGUCUGAAAUGGUGCACAACUUUAGUGAGCAAAUGAAUUACGACAUCUUUGUUUUCGUCGAAACAUGGUUGAAUGAGAAUUUUUUUGACGGUGAAUUCUUCAACUCAAAUCUGUUCAAUGUAUUUCGUAAAGAUCGUGAUGCUGAAAAAACUGGCUGCCUUCGAGGAGGUGGUGUUCUUAUUGCCAUUAAGCGUCAACUGCAAGCGUCUUUGGUCACACUUUCGAAUGGUGAUUCUUUACUGGAUCAGCUUUGUGUUUGUGUUAACGGUUCCACACCGCAAGACUCUUUGUAUCUUCUUGCGUCGUACGUGCCCCCGGGCAGCUCUUUCGAAUUAUACAAGGCCCACGCAGAUAACAUUGCUUCAUUAGUCUUAAACAACGUUAAGGAGCAUCACCUCUGCGUGCUCGGCGAUUUUAACCUACCUAAUAUUAAUUGGUCAACCAGCAUUUCUAAUAAUUACGGUCUCACGCCAAAUAAUGUCAACUCAAGUCAAGAAUUGUAUUUCAUCGAUAAUGUACUUAGUCUUAACUUAAUUCAAAUUAAUAAUUAUUUUAAUUCUCUAAAUAGGCUACUGGAUCUUAUAUUUAUAAGUGACAAUUUUUGUUGUGAAGUUAGUGAGUGCCUGAAUCCAGUUACUUCUAAGGACAGACAUCAUCUACCACUUGUUGUCGAGUUUAGAUUUUAUCAUUUUCCUCCGGUUACUACUGUGAGUAGACCAAUCUUUAAUUAUUCUUCGUGUGACUUUGUAAGUCUUAAUGAUAUUUUACUUGAAAUAAAUUGGGAGGAGCUACUUGGUGGGCUUGAUACAUCUGUCAGCUUUUCCGCUUUCAAGUCGAUCGUAUACACCCAAUGUUUAGAUAGGAUCCCCCUGCGGGUAAAAAGAGCCUAUAAAUUACCUUGGUACACUAAAGAAUUAAAUAAACUCAAGAAUCUUAAAAACAAAUUCUUAAAAAAAUUUCAUAAGAGUAAGAAUAACUUCUUCUUCAGUAAAUAUAAGCUAUACUUAAAGGAUUUUAAUAUUUUGAAUAAAUCUCUUUAUUCCGAGUAUAUGCGCAAAAUAGAGGGAAACAUUAAAUCGAAUCCCAAAAGUUUUUGGAAAUAUCUUAAGGACAAAAAAAGUUCCGCUAGUGUGCCUACCGGAGUUUUCCUUGAUGAUUACUCGGCGAAAACUCCGGAUGAGGCAGCUAACUUAUUUGCCGAUUUUUUUAAAUCGAAUUUUUCUGUGGACGAUAGUAGUCUACCGCUUGAUUUAUCGAAUAGUCUGAACUCUGCCUUAAAUUUCGGAAGCUGUUAA